UUGGACACGUCACCUUAGCUUUCCAUGAAACAUAAUGCCAGCUGUCAAUAAUGCCAGCUGCGAAAGUUCAUUACACUUUCGCUUUUCAGAUCGUUACCGGUCCUAUAAACCAGGAAUACGUCUAUGAUAGAUACCGAUUCAACCGAUCAUUAGGAUAAUAAAGGACGGACAUAAAAUGACUAUCACAAUCCAGUGAGAGGAAAAACCUUCGUGUAUAGGACUAGAAAUUAUUCGUACAGUUAAAGGAAAGGAAAUACCCCUCGUGUAGGACAAACUUACAAUUGCAUUGUACAAUAUUAGGAUAGAAAAACUGCAUCCAUGUCUGUUUUAGAUAUGAGGUCAUUAUUACUUAUUUCAGUUCUUGCCGUGGUGGCUGUCAACGCUGUAUGUUAUUAUUUUGUAUUGCAUUCACUUCUAAACUCUGUAUCACUUCGAACUCAAUUCCGACGAUUCGGCGAGACAAUAAAAAUGGAACGAACUGCACCUGGGGAUUACCGCUCUAAUGUCAUUCGAGAAACAAUCCAUAACACUCGUAGCACAUCUAUGAGUUCUCGGGUGACGAAGACACCCGCUGUAAAAAAGCAUUUCAAAACUACUGAUUCACAAUUAAAAUCACCCGAUCCACCCUCACUAAACUUGAAAACUAUCGACGAGAAGACAGCCGACAUGUUACAUCGAGCAUCACUCUUGGUGGACGAUCUGACUUUGUCACCUCCAUCGUGCGACGAUGACAUAUACUUGCUCGUUAUAGUAGUGAGUACGCCAAUGCAUUUCAAUCGUCGUGCGGAAAUGAGGGAUUCUUUAAAGGUGACGCGGCUAUUUGAUCGGGGGAAGAGAUUUCGCAUCGUUUUUUUGACCGCAAGAGUAGAUGAUCCCAAGACGGAUACAAAAUUACGCAAUGAGAGUUUAGUUUACAAUGAUAUUAUCCAGGUAAACAGCAGAGAAGCAUACCGCAACCUGACGUAUAAGGCCCUGGAGUCUUUAAGAUGGACGUUGACGAAAUGUCCACACGUAAAAUUCAUGUUGAAAAUUGAUGACGAUGUGUUAGUGAUCUAUGAACACAUCAUCGACUAUGCAAUAGGUUUAGAGGCAAAGAAUGCUACCUUCGUAUAUGCAGGUUUGCACAAUCUGUAUCCAGGACCUAACAGGAAUGCUAAAAGUAAGUGGUAUCUAUCUCGAGAAGAUUAUAAAAAUAACACUCUACCACCCUUCGUCUGUGGAUUUGCUGCUCUAUUUUCACAAUACGCUGUUCGUGAUAUUUACCACGCAUCCUUCCAUGUUCCACGAGUCUACAGCAUUCCGAGGCAGACGUUUCCUCAGGAUGAUGCGUUCUUCGGAAUAUGUGCCAAGUACGCCAAAAUAAAACUGACAAAAAUACUGUGGAUGUGCUAUACCUGGUCUCAUGUGAAAGCGGCAGUGAAAAAAGACAAGUGUGCCAUGUUAAAGUUACAAGCUGUCCAUGGUGUAACUGGUUACACAAAGAUAAAACAAUAUUUGGAACUACUGAAAAAUAUGACAGUAGUUGAAAGGGAAACUUGUGAGAAGAAAGCUAUACCUCUUCCUGGAGAUUGUUGGUAGUAGGUGAUACACCGAUUACUCAGAUGUAACAGACGGCUUGAAACUUUAUUUAUUGAUUGAUUUGUCUAAAAUAAUCUAGAUAGGAAAAUUUAUUGAUAAAAUUGAAAUAAAGCUAAUCAGUUAUCAGUUCCCUUCUGAAUGGAUGGAUAUAAUUUGUUCAAGCUGUCACACGCUUACUCUGUGGUAACACAUUGGUUUCGGCAGUCCCUUCCAUGCAACUUUCAUGUAAGGACCGUGUACAAAACCAUAGGAAGCAUUUGAAAUAUUAUCGUAAUUACCGUCAGCUGUUUGUGUACAUUUUGACAAAAUACAUUGAUGAAGACCUUUUGAAAACGUGAUGUCUAAAACCCUCGUGGGGUUCAUAAAUUUAUUCAUAAUGACAUAGUUUACUAAAGGGACAUAUUCCUACAAUAUAUGAAACUUGACUUAUUAUCUUUGGAUUAAGUUGGGCUAGUAUAUAUAUGUAUACUACUUUAUAGGCGGGAGGCAAGAAUUCAUAUACAUUAGUAUACAUGUACUUAGAUUAUGCGAUAUGAAAACCUUGAAGGAUAAUCACAUUGAUGAUUUGACAGAGCUUAUCUUUGAAGUAUAACUUUUAUUAAAUCUACCCUUUACGGGGUUGAUUGAUGAAUAGAUUUACAUUUACAUGAGAACAUUUAAUGACAGUUAGUUUUGAUUAGAAAUAAUAAAUUAAUAGGUGUGAUUUAAGUUUAGUUGGUGCACAAUGGGUCAACUCGUUUUUUCAUAGCAUACAGCUGUUGCGCUCGCUUCAGGAUUUUUGUCGCCAUUUGGGGAUCGCCGGGACAAUAGGCCUUGGUCACGGAUGCUGGUUUGCAUAAGGGCCGAAAUGUUCUUUUUCCGGUCUGAUCGUGACGGUCUCUGAAUGGUUUGGCGUUCCCUGAUUGGUCAGUUAUGACGAGUCCGAUCGGGGUCUUCUUAUUUAACGGCGCAUGCGCGGCGGUUGGCUUAACUUAAAAGGGGUUAUAUAUUACUCCUUAGCCAAGGAGACUCUGCUGCUGACCUCGGUCCUGACAUUUGCGAUCAAUAUUCCAAAUCUCGUGAAAUUCAUU